UCUACGAAGACAGAGCGAGAGAGUGGGGAUCGGGUCCGAUCGAAAUGACUGUUUCAUUCAGCAAUUAAAGAAGAAACCGACAACCAUAGAUCCAUCCAUUCAUCCAUCCAUCUAUCCAACGAUAGUCCCAUCACAUCUGAGAUGGAGGAGGACGUGUUGAAUGCCCUGCAAACUCGCAGUGUUUAUCUUUCUGGGGGCUUCGAUCGCCAGAAGCGAAUCAUAUUCAUAGUAAAUGCAUUUAAUGAUCUACAAAUGUGGAAUCGCAGAUGUCUGCAGUUGGCUUUGGACUAUCUCAAACGUUCGCUCAGUGCUUCGAUCUUGCAAAACGGUGUCAGCGUGAUAGUAAAUGCCCAAGAGACCAGCUCCCGUAUCUCACGGCAACAUGUGCGUGAGAUCUAUGCUUUAUUUGGUGGCGAUAUAAGCGUAGAUUUGUAUCUAGUCAGAUCGGAGGGUUUCUGGGAAAAGCAUGUGGAGCCAUGCGCCAAAUCUCAAAUCAAAGGCGAGCCCUUGGUUUUGUCGAAGGCACGGCUGGCCAAGUAUGUAGAGCCUAACAAUUUGCCCGAGGAACUGGGCGGUAACCUGCAAUUCAAUUAUGAUCUGUGGCUGCAGCAGCGCAAGUCAAUUGAUGAAUUCACCAAGACUCAUGCUCAGACUUUGGCUGGGAUGGAGCAGUUGCUGAAACUUUUAAGUGGCAACAAAUCCCUGAGACCAACGGAAGCGGAUGUUGAGCUAAAGAAAAGCGCCCAGUUGCAUACCCACGUUCAGCGUAGUAUUGAGUCUGCGAUUGAAAUGGGUAAUGCGAUCUUGGCUCGCUUUAACGAGGUCUAUGAAACGCCACAAGCGGCCGCACCUGUUGCUCCACAAGCAGCAGCAAGCGCAGCAGAGACAACAAUAACCACCUCUCCCGCCGUCCUCGUGGCUGCCGCCGGUGGUAAACCCGCAUUGCCACCCGACCUCGUCUGUGAGCGUGCCCGCAUCGAGUUGAGGUUGAAUGAGAUCGAAAAGAAACAAACAGCCAUACGGACCGCUUGGCUGGAGUUACUUAGAUCGUUGCGAGAGGCACGCGAGCUUAGUACUUUGGAGGAGGGCGUGGCCUUUGUCACCAACUGGAUUUUACAGCAGGCCGAACAACUGCUCAGCCGGCAACGUAGCGUGGGCAGGGAUGUACGAGCCUGUGAGACACUGCGGGCGGCCCAUGAUCAAUUAGAAAUGGAAUGCCGUGAUACCUAUGGCUGCUAUGCCGAACUUCUUUACAAAAUCGAGCAAUUUGUCAAAGAGCGCACCGAGAAAUUAUCCGUGUGCCAGGAUUUGUUAUCCCAAAGGGAUUUUAUGCAAUUUGUUUGCCGUUCGUUUGCCAAACGUUUGGAAAGGCGGCGUAACAUUUUGAUGACUGCUUUGCGUUAUCAUCGGCUGCUCGAACAAUUUGAAGAGCUUCUGAUCACUGGACAACAUGUGAUGGAGGUGGAUAGUCGAUCUCUGCAAUGGCCAGAGGCCGAACAAAUGCUUAUGCAAUUGAAGAGUAAUCAACAAAUGAUGGCUCUGGUCGAACGCGAACUUGUUCGCGAGGGCGAAAAACUAAGCGAUAUGCUUGCCAUGCCGGUGAAAGAUGCCUUGGGCCGUGACCUCCAGCUGGAUUAUAGCAACGACAUUGCCCAGCUGCGACGCCAGCUCGACGCGAGUCGUGAGCGACGACAGCUGUGCGGACAGCGUCUGGCAUUGCAGCGGCUCACCUUGGAGCAGGUGACCCACAUCCAUGCCUAUGAGGAAGAUGCAAGACGUGCACUGGAUUGGCUGGGCGAGUUAUAUGCCGUCUUGUUGCGGUGUCACUCACAUGUUGGCUGCAACAUACACGAGAUUCAGCUGCAGAAGGAUGAGCUUCAGGGUUUCGAGGAAACCGGACGGAGCAUUUACAACUAUGGUUGCCAGUUAGUGGAGGCAUCGCAGACUUUACGUCUGUGCUGCAAACUAGCACUGUCCGAUCCUGAACUCAUUUCCCAGCAAUUGCAGCACACCUGGCAUAGCCUUCAAUCGAUAGCCCAAGAGCAAAUGACACGACUGCGUGUCUCAGCUGUAUUCCAUCGCAGUGUGGAGGCAUACUAUCGCCAAUUGAGGGAAUUGCGACCCCUGCUCACCCAGGAAUUGGCCACUCAGCUGCAUCAGCAGCAACGGCAGCAACAUAAUCGCAGCAGCAGCGGCAUAAGCAGCGAUGCGGAUGCGGAUCUUUCACCCGAACUAUCACCGGUUUAUAAAACUCUGGGUGAAUUACCAGCCCGUUUGCAGCGUCAUUUAAUGGCCCGGGAACAGCUACUAGUGGAAGUGGGUCGCAUGGUCCGACUGGGUAGACUUCUCAAGAAACGUUUGAAGGAGCCGUUCAUCUUGGACUCUCUAACUGGCAAGAGUGUUGUGGCCGAUGAGCUACCCUUGGACAGCAGUCCAAGUCCCUUGCAUGACAGUGGUCGCACCAGUAGUGCGGGCAGCGAAGCUCUUAGUGGUGAAACAUCGCCACCGGCUACUCUAAAGAUUCUACCAACUGGUAGCAAUGAAUUGGCCUGUGCUGCAAUAACCCAUAAACUAAGCGCCAUUGCCGAGGUGGCCGAAUCUUUGGAUGCUGUUAUCCGAGAUGUUCAGCAAGAGGGCGAAGUCGAUGGUCCCAGUAAUAGUAAGAAGCUGGGUAAUAUUGAGGAUUGGCAAUCCCGUUCCACCGAAGAUGAAUCUUUUGCCACUGCGUCUGAGGGAAACUUCACACCGAAUUCGCACUCAUCAUCAUUUCAAACGGCCUCUGGACGAACCAGCUCGUAUAUAGGCUCAGCCAAGAAUUCCUUUGACGAGGCCGAUGACUCAACACUGAGCACAUUUGAAAUACCAGAACUACCACAAUCACCAGUGCAUAAUAUGUCCUUUGAUAGUUCCGAGUUGAGCUAUUUUUCGGCUCAACAGCCAAGCAAGGCGGAUGAUCAGGAUAGUGUGGCCGGAGUGGCCGAUUUGCAUAGUCAAAGUGUGACUCCCACGCCCGAUGAUGAGCAGCAACAGCUGCGUCCCAUGCCACAGCCCAUCGAAUCUGAUAGUGAGCUAGAAGGUUUUGGUUUAGCCUCUGGCAUUACCACCGAAUUGGCACCCAGUGUAUCCACAGCCCAUACGCCAGAGGUGAGUGCGAAUUGUCGCAAUGCUCCAACUUCAGCUACAGCUACAGCUCCUACUACUAACUCCAACGAAUCGAAGCCGCCUGCCUCGUGGCGACGCAGCAAAUAUUACGAAAAUAUAACUAAACAAACGAUCAAGGGAUUCCUUUGAAAUAUCCAAGAGAACAGACAGAUCGGAAAAACCCUGACUGCCUGUCCCGCCAUUUAUGUAUGCCUGCCCAAUUAACAAUCCUCGAGCCAUUUGCUUUUCCAACAUCAGUCUUGCCAUUCAUUUAAAUUAGUUGGCAUAUUAUUCAUGUUUUCUCUCAUCUCUAUUCAUUUGAAAUUAGUCUAUUUUAGCUCAUGAGCUAAAAGAAAAGUUUUUUUUUGGCUUUUGUUUUUUAUUU